CGGAUGUGUAAUCCAUUCUGUAAAAAGCUACUGGCGCUCGCGAUCGGCUUCUGCAACAUUUCUGCUACAAAAACCUCAGAUUUGUAGCCCAGAGACGCAUUAAGAAGCACAAAUACCUCUGUCUACAAUCAUCUCAAGUGUUACAAGAUCUAUAACUCUCGAUACAAGUCCAGAGAUUUGUUGGAAAAGCCGGUAAAGGAGUAUUUUGCAGACACUUCUCAAGACACCGCCAAGGAACUUUUUUCGUGCUGCAGUAAUCUUCUUCUUUGGACCAAAAAUGGUUUGUGACAUCCUUGGAGAUUUACUGAUCUAGUAAGAAAGAUACCAAGACUCAAGAAUGGAACGUCUUCGGAUGAACGAAUCUCCGAUCCACAACAGUAGUAUCACACGAGGGUUGCCAGGGUUACCACCGCUCCCCACCCCCGCAGCCAAUGAACCGUCCGAGCUAUACCAGGUUGUGCUGCGGCACAGUGAGCACCCGCCAAUCAUGCAGGGGCACUCGUGGACUCUGGCCGCACCCUUCAAGGAACAGAAGUACUGCCGAACACCCAGUGAGUCGAUCGCCAACAACUACACACCAACAGCGAGCGAUUUGAGGAUCAAGAAUAUAAAGACCAUUCCACCAAUUGCAAGACCAGGCACUAAACGGUCACCAAGGAGUCCUUCACCUACAAAAUCUCCCCCCAGUCCCAGAAAGGUACCCAGACACCGGGGGCUCAACGGCAAAAAGCAAAAUGGCGUGAAUGGCACAACCAAUGGGGUGGCAAAGCACGCGCACGUCUCCAACGGUUCUACCAAUGGCGUGAGCGACGUUUCCUCGCUGCCCGGUAGCCGUCCCAUGAGCCCUGUGCAGCAGCUAAACGUGAUGAAAUCGGGCGAAGAUGAGGAAACCAGGAAAAUGGGCGAACCGUCUGAGAGAGAUCUCGAGAGAUAUUACUACUACAUCACCAAAGGUGUGCGUGAUGAAAUGUUGGCUCCUGCGCCGGAAGACCAGAUGCCAAAUAUCAAGAGCAGAAUACCUGAAGCCCUCCGCAACAACCCGGACUUGAACAAGAUCAUGGUCGCUCUCACAGAGGAGGCCGAGGGGGACUACAACUUCACUCUGAGGAAGUGCAUUGUGGACUAUGUCCUGAAGGAUGAGAAGGAGAAGAGCCGGCUGCACAUCUCCUGGAUCCCGCGCUCGUUCCCGCACCGCGUAAUCCGUGCCCCCGUCCCGUGGCACCACGUGUACCGCGAGACAAAAGAACUAAACGAGCAGCACCUCUUCACCACCAAUCCCAUCAUGCUGCACCUGCAGAAUCUCUGGUUUGAUAAGUACGCCCACCUGAGGUUUGUGAACAAGGACGAGCUGCUGAGGUCCAACCUGCCUCUGCUGCCUGCGGACUUUGAGGAGCUGAUCAAGAAACAGUGCAGGGAAGCACAUGAGGUUCUUCGUACAAGUUGGAUUCCAACAUGUGCGUCCGUUUUCCUGGCACACAAGGACCUUUGGGGCCACCUGGUGCCCCUGAACGACACAGACUCCACGCAGCGUGUACAGGAGUUCUUCGCGUGUGUCGCGGCACUGAUGUCCAACCACCUGAGGAGCAUGGUCAUCAACUCUCUGGCAGACUUCCUCGACUUCAUGCAGAUGCAUAAGGCUGGGAAUGACUUUGGUUCUGACUACGAUGAGCUCCAGUUUGCCAUGGGGUCGGUCAUGAUCAUCAAGUUGAGAGUCGAGGAGCCAAAGAUCAUCUUUGAGCCCCCCUUCAGGGAGACCAGAGACAUCUUCCUCAGGUGCUUCUCCGAGAUUGUUGCAAGUGCCGAGGAGCUGCCCAGGGUUGAGAGUGACCUGUUCCCAGACAUGCGACAUGAGAGACUGUUGCUGAGGACAGUAAAGAUGGAGGAACCACUGGUGACAGAGUUCAUGGACAAGGCCAUGGAGACCUUCAAAAUCAACACCAUUGGACCACAGAGGUACCUGAAUGUGUACAAGAAGUAUGGAGACCUGCUGAACAACAAAGCUGAACAGGAAGUCACCGCCUUCCUCAAGGAGAAACACUCUCUUCAGGCAUUCACAAAGAAAAUCAACAGCUAUCAGCAGCUGAAAGACGAGAUUGCCCUCCUGCGUAUCACCGUGCCCCUGAGCAUGUUCACACUCGCCUGCGAGGACCUGAACGUUGACCUUUGUGCCCGGGCUCAGAAACUGAAAGACAGACUUGUCGUUUUUGAGGUCGAUGAGAACAGGGUCCUGAACAAGGAAAUCUGCAAGCACUAUGACGAGAUCGCUGACCGCGUGAGCGAGAUGCCGGACUCGACCGCGGAUCUGGUCGAGCUGACCGACUUCCUGCGGACGUCCAGCGAGGUGACCGUGUUCAAGCUGAAGGAUGAAAUCGACGAGGCCGGACACAGGCUCCAAUUCCUGCUGGACUAUGCCACACUGCCAUAUGAGGACAUCAAGUUGAACAGCCAGGUCUUCCAUUGGCCAGAACACAUCCAGACUGUGUUCGACCUGAGUAAGAAUAGGCUGGCCAAUCGCAGGGAGGCAGCGGAAGACGAGGUCAAGAAGAAGUUGCAGCAGUUUGAAGACAAACUGAACAGAUACAACCAAGAAGUCGAGAGCUUCAGGAAAAAGGAGAUCAUGAGCAUGGAUGAAAUGAAGACCAACGUGGACAAGCUGAAUGAGCUGACCCAACAACUGGAGGAUGCAAUGGGUGAACAAGCUUCCAUCAACACGGAGGAAGAGUUGUUAGAGUGGGAGCCCACAGCGUUCCCCAUCCUACAGAUGAUGGUAACGUACAAGGAGCCGUACGACAAACUGUGGGGAACCGCGCUCAGUUUCCACACCAAACACGAGCAGUGGCUCAACGGUCCCUUUGGAGACUUGAAUGCUGAAGAGCUAGAAGAAGAGAUCGGAAACAUGUGGCGUACCAUGUACAAACUCACCAAACAGUUCAGCGACGUGGCAGGGCCUCGCCGCAUCGCAGAGAGCGUCAAGUCCAAGAUCGACAAGUUCAAGCAGCACAUGCCAAUCUUACAGACCAUCUGUAACCCUGGUAUCAGAGACAGGCACUGGGAACAGAUGAGUGACAUUGUCGGGUUCGACCUGAAGCCAGAGCCAGAGACGUCCCUGUUCCAGAUGCUAGAAUAUGGGCUGAACAAGUUCAUGGACAAACUGGAGGAGAUUGGUGCAGCAGCCAGUAAGGAGUAUUCUUUGGAGAAAGCCAUGGAGAAGAUGAAGACAGAAUGGGCAGAGAUGUUGUUUGAGUUUGUAGCCUACAGGGACACUGGAGUGGAUAUAGUGGCAGAAAUUGAUAGCGUCCAGUCCUUACUGGAUGAUCAGUUAGUCAAGGCUCAGACAAUGCGAGGCUCCCCCUAUGUCAAACCGUUCGCUCAAGAAAUGAAGGAAUGGGAGGAGAAACUGAUCCUGGUUCAGGACAUCCUGGACGCGUGGCUGAAGUGUCAGGCCACAUGGCUGUACCUCGAGCCCAUCUUCAGCUCUCCCGACAUCAACGCUCAGAUGCCCGAGGAGGGCCGCAAGUUCGGCAUCGUGGACAGCUAUUGGCGUGACAUCAUGACAGAGGCGGUGAAGGACACACACGUGCUGGUAGCCACGGCGCAGCCCAACAUGUUGGGUAGGCUACGCGAGUCCAAUGUUCUUCUGGAGGAGAUCCAGAAGGGUCUGAACGACUAUCUGGAGAAGAAGAGGCUGUAUUUCCCAAGAUUCUUCUUCCUGUCAAACGACGAGCUUCUUGAAAUCCUGUCGGAGACGAAGGACCCCAUGCGUGUGCAGCCUCAUCUGAAGAAGUGUUUUGAGGGCAUCGCUAAGCUGGAGUUCACAGAGGACCAGGUCAUCACAGGCAUGAUCAGCUCUGAGAAGGAGAUUGUGCCGUUCACCAAAAAGAUUGUUCCAGCUCAAGCAAAGGGCAUGGUGGAGAAAUGGCUGUUACAAGUUGAGGAGACCAUGAUCAGCAGUGUGCGAAAGGUCAUUGCAGACAGCUACUUGUCGUACAAGGAGGUGCCAAGGAAGAAGUGGGUACUGGACUGGCCAGGACAAACGGUCAUCUGUACCUCGUCCAUCUACUGGACAGCCGAAGUGACAGCUGCCAUCCAGGAGGAAGGUGGACUCAAGAAAUACUUGGAAAUCAGCAACAAACAGAUUGACGAAAUUGUUGCGCUCGUACGAGGCAAGCUGGAGAUGGGAGCUCGCUUCACACUGGGUGCCUUGGUUGUAAUUGACGUCCACGCACGUGAUGUGGUCGAGAAGUUAGCAAACGACAAAAUCAGUGACACAAACGCCUUUGACUGGAUCAGCCAGCUGCGGUACUACUUUGACGGCAAGGAUGCCCAGGUGCACAUGAUCACCACAGAGCUGGGAUACGGGUACGAGUACCUCGGCAACACUGGGCGUCUGGUCAUCACGCCGCUGACCGACAGAUGCUACAGGACACUGAUGGGUGCGAUGAAGCUGAACCUGGGCGGUGCUCCCGAGGGACCAGCCGGAACCGGAAAGACUGAAACCAGCAAGGAUUUGGCCAAAGCCAUUGCUAAACAGUGCGUGGUGUUUAACUGCUCGGACGGUCUUGACUUCAAGGCCAUGGGUAAAUUCUUCAAGGGCUUGGCACAAGCUGGUGCCUGGGCUUGCUUUGACGAGUUCAACCGGAUUGAACUGGAAGUGCUGUCUGUGAUCGCUCAGCAAAUCCACAGUAUCCAAACUGCCAUCUCCAUGGGUUUGAAGAGGUUCCUGUUUGAGGGGACAGACCUGCAGCUGGACCCCACCUGCACCAUCUUCAUCACCAUGAACCCUGGGUAUGCAGGGCGGCAGGAGUUACCCGACAACCUCAAGGUGUUGUUCAGAACUGUGGCCAUGAUGGUACCUGACUAUGCCAUGAUUGGAGAGAUCUCGCUGUACUCUAUGGGAUUUCAGGAUGCCAGAAGCCUUGCCAUCAAGAUUGUGGCCACCUACCGUCUGUGCUCGGAGCAGCUGUCCUCGCAGCACCAUUACGACUACGGCAUGCGUGCUGUCAAGUCUGUGCUGACGGCCGCCGGGAACCUGAAGCUGAAAUAUCCAGAAGAAGACGAGAGGGUGCUGCUGCUCCGCGCCAUCCUGGAUGUCAACCUGGCCAAGUUUCUUGCUCAAGACAUCCCAUUGUUCAGAGGCAUCAUCUCUGACCUGUUCCCCGGUGUGGUUCUACCCGAACCGGACUACGCACAGUUCCUGGAUGCUGUCAAGGACAACAUGAAGAAGAGGAACCUACAGCCACACCCUUGGCACAUCGAGAAAAUCACUCAGGUUUACGAGAUGAUGCUUGUCCGUCACGGCUUCAUGAUCGUGGGCGACCCCAUGGGCGGGAAGACCAUGGCGUACAAAGUCCUGGCGGGAGCGCUGUCGGACCUCCACGCGGCGGGCCUGAUGAACGAGUUUAACGUCCUCUACAAGAUCAUCAACCCCAAAGCCAUCACCAUGGGCCAGCUGUACGGAUGUUUCGACCCUGUGUCACACGAGUGGAGUGACGGUGUUCUAGCCGUGUCGUUCCGUGAGCAAGCCUCCUCCACGCUGGAGGACCGACAGUGGAUCCUGUUCGACGGUCCCGUAGACGCCGUGUGGAUCGAGAACAUGAAUACUGUGCUGGAUGACAACAAAAAGCUGUGCUUGAUGAGCGGAGAGAUCAUCCAGAUGAGCAGCCAGAUGAGUUUGAUCUUUGAACCCGAGGACCUGGAGGUCGCCUCUCCCGCCACAGUCAGCAGGUGUGGAAUGAUCUAUUUCGAGCCCCACCAGCUAGGAUGGCGUCCUUUCAAAGAGUCUUACUUCAACAACCUGCCAGAAACCAUGAACAAGGAGCACAGGGACCUCCUUGACGACCUGUUCGAGUGGCUGAUUGACCCUUGUCUUGACUUCAUCUUCCACGAGUGCAAGUUCUUUGUGAAUUCUGCGGCCGGUCCCCUGGUUAUGUCGCUCCUACGGCUCUACACGUGUCUCAUUGACGAGAUCGCCAACUCCGGUUCGGACGGCUGGGACAAACUAACAGACCAACAGAUUACGAUGUGGAUGCAGAACCUGUUCCUCUUCUGCCUGAUCUGGUCCAUUGGAGGAACAAUCACGGGGGAAGGGCGAAAGAAGUUUGACGUCUACUUCAGGAACGUCAUCGCGGGAACAGACCCUGACCAUCCCAAACCAAAGAGCUUCAAGCUCAGCAAGAGCAACCUAUUCCCAGAGCGAGGGACCGUGUACGACUAUUACUUUAAGAAACAGUCCAGUGGCUCAUGGAGUGGGUGGAUGGACUACGUGGACCAGAGCAAGACUGGCAUUCCUAAUGAUGCAAAGGUAACAGAGUUGAUCAUCUCCACGGAGGAGACCGCGCGACAGACGUACUUCCUGGACACGAUCCUGCCCCACGGCGUGCCGCUACUGUUUGUCGGACCCACGGGAACGGGAAAGUCCGCCAUCACCAACAACUACCUGGUCAAACUGCCAAAGGAGAGGUAUCUGCCUAACGUCAUCAACUUCUCUGCCCGCACAACGGCCAACCAGACGCAGGAUAUCGUACUCUCCAAAUUGGACAGACGACGUAAGGGCGUGCUCGGCCCGCCCAUGGGUAAGAAAUGCGUCGUGUUUGUUGAUGACCUGAACAUGCCCGCUAAGGAGAAGUAUGGCGCCCAGCCACCCAUUGAACUCCUGCGGCAGUGGCAGGACCACUUGCAUUGGUACGACCUCAAGGACAACACCAAGAUAGAGCUGGCGGACGUGCUUUUGGUUUCUGGAAUGGGCCCCCCUGGUGGCGGGAGGAACCACAUCACAGGUCGGAUGAUGCGUCAUUUCAAUGUCAUCUCCAUCGACUCGUUCGAUGACAACACCAUGAGCAAGAUCUUCACCUCCAUCGUGGACUGGCACUUUGGCAAGGGCUUUGAUGGGAGCUUCUUGAGGUUGGGCAAGAUGUUGGUCCACGCAACCAUGACGGUGUACAAGGAGGCCAUCGCUAACUUCCUCCCCACCCCGUCCAAGUCGCACUACCUGUUCAACCUGCGUGAUUUCGCCCGCGUGAUUCAGGGCGUUCUCCUCGUGCCAAGUAGUAACAUGAAGGAGGGCGACAAGCUCAUCCGCCUUUGGAUACACGAAGUCUACCGGUGCUUCUACGACCGUCUGAUUGACGAUGACGACAGACAAAUGUUCUUCAACAUUAUGAAGGAGACAACAAAGGAAUGCUUCAAGACUAGUAUGGACAAGGUCUUGAACCACCUGACCCCCAGCGGCAACCUUAUUGAUGACAACAUCAGGAGCCUGUUCUUUGGUGACUACAUGUUGCCUGACGCCGACCCAAGGAUUUACGACGAAGUGAGCAGCAUUCCUGAGCUACAAGCUGUCAUGGAGUCGUACCUUGAUGAGUACAACACAAUCAGUAAGGCACCUAUGUCACUGGUACUGUUCAAGUUUGCGUGUGAGCACAUCUCCCGUGUCAGCCGAGUACUAAAACAGGACAACGGACAUCUCCUGCUCGUUGGAAUCGGUGGCAGUGGUCGUCAGAGUGCAACCAAACUGGCCACCUUCAUGCAAGACUUUGACCUCUUCCAAAUUGAGAUCACCAAGAACUACACCAACUCUGAGUGGAGGGAAGAUGUCAAGAAGGUGUUGCUGAAGGCUGGGUCAGAGGGCAAACAGACAGUGUUUUUGUUCAGUGACAACCAGAUCAAGAGUGAGUCGUUCGUAGAGGACAUCAACAUGAUCCUGAACACUGGCGAUGUGCCAAAUAUCUUUCCACCGGACGAGAAAGCUGACGUCAUCGAGAAAAUGCAGCUUGUCGCCAGAAACACGGGUAAGAAGAUUGAAGCCACGCCCAUGUCCAUGUACAACUUCUUCAUCGAGCGCGUGAAACAGAACCUCCACGUGGUUCUCGCCUUCAGUCCCAUCGGUGACGCCUUCCGAAACCGCCUCCGCCAAUUCCCAUCGCUGAUCAACUGCUGUACCAUCGAUUGGUUCCAGGCAUGGCCUGAAGAUGCCUUGGAGAUGGUUGCUAACAAGUUCCUGGAAGAUGUUGACCUUGAUGAUGACCUUCGGAAGGAAUGUGUCUUCAUGUGUAAACACUUCCACACCAGCGUCAGACUUCAAUCCGAGAAGUUCCUUGCCAUUCUGCGUCGCCACAACUACGUGACCCCAACGUCGUACCUGGAACUGAUCAUGACCUUUAAGGCGCUGCUGGACCUAAAACGGAAGGAAAUCAUGAAGCUGAAGUCUCGUUACGAGACUGGUCUGGAGAAACUCGCUUUUGCAGCAUCACAGGUAUCCGUGAUGCAGAAGGAGUUGCAGGACCUGCAACCAGAGCUGAUCCAGACUUCAGAAGAGACGGAGAAGCUCAUGGUCAAGAUCGAAGCUGACACAGUCGAAGUAGAAGCUAAGAAGCAGGUUGUCGCUGCUGAUGAGGCAGUAGCUAACGAGGCAGCUGCCGCGGCCAAGGCCAUCAAGGAUGAGUGUGAGGCUGAUCUAGCCGUGGCCAUGCCCGCGUUGGAAGCUGCCAUAGCUGCUCUCAACACCCUCAAACCUGCCGACAUCACCGUCGUCAAGUCCAUGAAGAACCCACCCGCUCAAGUCAAGCUUGUGAUGGAGGCCAUCUGCGUCAUGCGCGCCAUCAAACCCGAGAGGAAACCGGACGGCUCGGGCAAGAUGGUGGAGGACUACUGGGGUCCGUCUCAGAAGCUUCUUGGCGACAUGAAGUUCUUGGAUCACCUGAAGACGUACGACAAGGACAACAUCCCAGCACCUGUCAUCAAGAAGAUUCGAGACAGAUAUACCAAUGACCCUGAGUUUGACCCUGCUAAGAUCAAGAAUGUGUCGUCGGCCUGCGAGGGUCUGUGCAAGUGGGUACGAGCCAUGGAAGUGUACGAGAGGGUGGCAAAGGUCGUUGCACCCAAGAAGGCCAAGCUGAAGAUUGCAGAGGCAGAGUUGUCCGUGCAGAUGGCCAAACUGAAUGAGAAGAGAGCGGAACUCAAAGCCGUUGAGGACAAACUGCAGGCCCUGAAUGACCAGUUUGACGUCAUGACCAAGAAGAAACAGGACCUGGAGGCCAACAUCGAGCUGUGCUCGCAGAAGUUGAUCCGUGCGGAGAAGCUGAUUGGAGGACUCGGCGGCGAGAAGGACCGUUGGAGCGAGGCCGCCAGACUGCUGGGCAUUCGCUACGUGAACACCACGGGAGACAUUCUUCUAUCCGCUGGUGUGGUCUCCUACCUCGGAGCUUUUACUGUUGACUACAGGAUUGAGUGUACCGAAGACUGGCACAAGAAGGCGAUAGACCACAACAUCCCCUGUUCCCAGACCUUCUCCCUGAACGGCACCCUGGGAGACCCCGUCAAGAUCCGGGCGUGGCAGAUCGCGGGGCUUCCCGUGGAUUCCUUCUCCAUUGACAACGGCAUCAUCGUGUCCAACUCCAGACGGUGGCCGCUGAUGAUCGAUCCUCAGGGCCAAGCCAACAAGUGGGUGAAGAACAUGGAGAAAAUGAACAAGCUGUCAAUCAUCAAGCUGUCAGACGGCAACUACAUCCGUACGCUGGAGAACUCCAUCACGUUUGGCACACCUGUCCUGCUGGAGAACAUCGCCGAAGAGCUGGACCCCAUCCUCGAACCCAUCCUCACCAAGCAGAUUUUCCGACAGGGAGGUGUAGACUACAUCAAGCUGGGAGAGAACGUGAUCGAGUACUCGAAGGACUUCAGGUUCUACAUGACCACCAGGCUGAGGAACCCUCACUACAUGCCUGAAAUCUCUGUCAAGGUAUGUCUGGUGAACUUCAUGAUCACACCGUUGGGUCUACAAGACCAGCUGCUGGGGAUUGUGGCAGCUAAGGAGAAGCCAGAGUUGGAGGAGAAGAAGAACGAGCUGAUCUUAGAGAGUGCUGCCAACAAGAAACAGCUGAAGGAGAUCGAAGACAAGAUCCUGGAGGUCCUGUCCUCCUCGGAGGGGAACAUCCUGGAGGAUGAGACGGCCAUCAAGAUCCUCUCCUCCUCCAAGGUGCUGUCGGAGGAGAUUUCUGCCAAGCAGGAAAUUGCUGAUGUGACCCAGAAAGAGAUAGAUGAGACCCGGCUUGGCUACAGUCCUGUGGCGGUUCACUCUGCCAUCCUGUUCUUCUGUGCCUCUGAUCUGGCCAACAUCGAGCCCAUGUACCAAUACUCUCUCACAUGGUUCAUUAACCUAUAUGUACAGUCCAUCCAAAACAGUAAGAAGUCGGAUGAUUUGGAGGAGCGUAUUGAGAACCUGAACGACCACUUCACAGUCAGCAUCUACAACAAUGUGUGCCGAUCCCUGUUUGAGAAGGACAAGCUGCUCUUCUCCUUCAUCCUGUGUGUGGGGAUAUUGAAGGGAGCUGGUAAGGUUGUGGAGGAGGUUUGGAGAUUCCUGUUGACCGGAGGUGUGGCCCUGGAAAACCCCCAUCCCAACCCCGCACCUGACUGGCUCACCGACAAGUCCUGGUCCGAGCUGGUCCGUGCCUCCAACCUGGACCAGCUAGGUGGAUUGUUUGAGCACGUCCGGGACAACAUAAAUGAGUGGAAGAAGAUCUACGACUCGAGCACCCCCCACACGGACACCCUGCCUGACCCCUGGGACAUGUUGAGCGGCCUGCACCGGAUGGUGGUGCUCAGGUGCCUCCGCCCUGACAAAAUAGUCCCUGCCACACAGGACUUCAUCAUUGACAACAUGGGGCGCACCUUUGUCGAGCCCCCAACCUUUGACCUGGCUGGCAGCUUCGCCGACUCCAACUGCUGUGCCCCGCUGAUUUUCGUGCUGUCCCCGGGAGCCGACCCAAUGGCCGGGCUGAUGAAGUUUGCGGACGAGAAGGGUCAGGGUGGAACCAAGAUCCAGUCUGUGUCACUUGGACAAGGACAGGGCCCCAUAGCCGAGGGCAUGAUUAACAAGGCGCUUGUAGCAGGCACCUGGGUGGUCUUGCAGAAUUGUCACCUGGCCACCAGCUUCAUGCCUCGUCUGGAGAAGAUCUGCGAAGAGGUCAUUGUCCCCGAGAACACGCACACAGACUUCCGCCUCUGGCUCACCAGCUACCCGUCCGAGGACUUUCCUGUAGCCAUCCUACAGAAUGGCGUGAAGAUGACGAACGAGCCACCAAAGGGACUACGGAUGAACCUUCUCCGAUCGUACCUGAAUGACCCGAUCUCAGACCCGCAGUUCUUUUCAGGAUGUAACAAGGAAAAAGAAUGGCAGAAGCUGUUGUUUGGCCUCUGCUUCUUCCACGCGCUUGUGCAAGAGCGGCGUAAGUUCGGCCCCCUCGGAUGGAACAUCCCGUACGAGUUCAACGAGUCCGAUCUGCGUAUCAGCAUGAGACAAGUCAAGAUGUUCCUGAAUGACUACGAGAUUGCGCCUGCCCUGGAAGCACUGAUGUACCUGACUGGAGAGUGUAACCACGGAGGCCGUGUUACUGACGACAAGGACCGCCGACUGCUCAACUCCAUCCUCAGCAUCUUCUACAAUGAAGGCAUCAUCUACAACCCAGACUACAAAAUCUCAGAGAGCGGGGUCUACUUCGCCCCCGAGUUCGGCUCCUACCAGUCUUACAUCGACUACAUCCGCGCCCUCCCGCUCAUCCCGACACCGGAGGUCUUCGGUCUCCACGACAACGCCGACAUCACCAAGGACAACCAGGAGACCCAGCAGCUGUUUGACAGCAUCUUGCUGACACUCCCCAGGGUGUCGGGAGGGGGAGGGAAGUCAUCUGGAGAUGUACUGACAGACCUGGCAGCUGACAUCCUCAGCAAGCUGCCUGCCGACUUCAACCUAGAAUUUGUGAUGAAGAAGUACCCAGUGGUUUAUAACGAGUCCAUGAACACCGUACUGCGUCAGGAGCUGAUCCGGUUCAACCGGCUCACCAGCGUGGUCCGGUCCAGUCUACAGAACCUGCAGAAAGCCAUCAAGGGUCUGGUGGUGAUGUCGUCUGACCUUGAGGAGGUGUUCAGCAGCAUGUUGGUGGGUAGAGUUCCGGGGGUGUGGGCUGCCAAGUCUUACCCAUCACUCAAACCGCUGGGCAGCUACGUCAAUGAUCUUAUACAAAGGUUGACGUUCUUGAACGACUGGAUUGACAACGGUGCCCCGCCCGUGUUCUGGCUGUCAGGGUUCUACUUCACCCAGUCGUUCCUCACAGGCGUGUCACAGAACUAUGCAAGGAAGUACACCAUCCCCAUUGACCAGUUGGGCUUUGAGUUCGAGGUCACCAAAUCCGAGAGCGACAUGGACUCCAAACCUGAAGAUGGUGCUUACAUCAAGGGGUUGUUCAUGGAAGGCGCCCGCUGGGACCGAGAGACGAUGGUGAUUGGCGAGUCCUACCCGAAGAUCUUAUUCGACACCGUGCCGGUGAUCUGGCUACAGCCCGGUGAAACUAAGAAGUUCAAGAAGAAGAGCAGCUACACCUGUCCUGUGUACAAGACCAGCGCAAGGCGCGGCACACUGUCCACCACCGGUCACUCCACAAACUUCGUGCUCUACAUGGAGAUCCCGUCUGACCGGCCGCAGAGCCACUGGAUCAACCGAGGAGUAGCCAUGCUCUGUCAGCUGGAUGACUAGAUACGCGACAGCGCACCGUACGGACUAGAAUCAGUUAUCGUCCAUUUGUAUAUACGUUGGAGUCAAAUUUUGCCUUUGUUUAUGUUUGUAUAUGUGUGAGAAUUAAAGCUGCCAUGAAAACGAAUAUUGUGACAACCAACUGAUAUGUGAAAUUAUUUGAACACACAUCAACAACAUUGUAGAUGCAACAUCUUUAAGUUGCCUUUAAGUUUAUUUGUGUAUAUGGGAAUAUCUUGGUCCUGGGUUUGAAAUUUGCUUGUAGAAAAUGAUUUUUCGUCAGUGUACGUGGAUGAAAUGUAAUUUGGAUUGAAUUUGUUGUUGAGUAUUUGCGAGUCCUGUUGCCAUAUAGAUUUAUACAGGGUUUCAAUGAAGAGUAAAGAUUUUUCAUGAGUGUAAAUGUGACCUACUGAACAUGUUAUUGUACCCACCCACUAUACUACUCGUUCUGUCUGUCUCUCUAAUUGUUUUAUCAAUACAAGAGUGAGUUGCUUUGGAGAUUUUAAUGAUAAGCUUGUGUAUGUAUAUAAAUGGGAACUUUGAAUUGCAGUGUAUUCAUUGUACAGUUACAAACAUUUCACAGAUUUUAGACAUUUUCAAUCUCAAUAUAAGCAGUGAUACAACUUUUACCAAGAGCACAAUUUUGCAGUGCACCUCAGAUAUGAUCACUUACACAAUGUACAUGUAGGUACUGGACAAUAAUAACGGUGGAAAAAAACUUGGUGUGAUUUUUCAAAUUUAAAACCUGCCUUUCUUCUCUUUAUAGAAUUGAUCAAGGUUCUUUCAAAUUGACAAUGUAUUAAAUAUGGUAAUAAACUUUCUCAUGUUAUCUUUAGACCCCUAAAGCCAUACAACAAACCUAGAGGUGGACCAUAAAUUUACCUGUUUUCCAUGGUUUCAAAGAAAGCAUGUAAAUAUAGAAAACAUGUAUUUUAAGUGUCCACCUCUUGCUGCUAGACCACUAUGUAGACUGUACCCUUGUUGCACAAAGUCAUCAUUGACUUUUUAUAGACUCAUAUAAUGUUUCUAUAAAGAUCUAACUUUUUUUCUAGAAUGUGUUCAGACUUUAAUGUUCUAUGCAU